AUGCGGUUGGAUAUCAAGAGACAACUCUUUGCCCGCUCCGAGCGGGUAAAGGGCAUUGAUUUCCAUCCUACGGAACCAUGGAUCUUGACGACUUUAUAUAGCGGUCAUGUAUACAUCUGGUCUUACGAAACCCAGUCUAUCAUCAAAACCUUUGAACUCACCGAUGUACCUGUACGAGCCGGGCGUUUCAUUGCCCGCAAGAACUGGAUCGUCUGCGGCUCGGAUGACUUCCAGCUCCGCGUGUACAACUACAAUACCUCCGAAAAGAUCACCUCGUUCGAGGCUCACCCCGACUACAUUCGAUCGAUUGUUGUCCACCCUACCCAACCUUUCGUCCUUACAGCGUCCGAUGACAUGACAAUCAAACUCUGGGAUUGGGAGAAAGGCUGGAAGUGCGUCCAGGUCUUUGAGGGGCACAGCCAUUAUGUUAUGGGAUUGUCGAUCAACCCCAAGGAUACCAACACAUUUGCUUCCGCUUGUCUGGACCGCACUGUGAAGAUCUGGAGCCUUGGUUCCCCCCACGCCAACUUUACCCUCGAGGCACACGAAACGAAAGGUGUCAACCAUGUCGACUACUACCCGCAGGCCGAUAAACCGUAUCUUCUUACUACUUCCGACGAUAAGACCGUCAAGAUCUGGGAUUACACAACGAAGGCGCUCAUCGCGACUUUGGAAGGACACACAAGCAACGUUUCCUUUGCUUGUUAUCACCCAGAACUCCCGGUGAUCAUCUCAGGUUCCGAGGAUGGAACAAUUAAGAUUUGGCACGCAAACACAUACAGACUGGAGCAGUCAUUGAGCUAUGGGUUAGAAAGAGCUUGGUGUAUCUCUUACCAGCGUGGAAGACAAGGUAUUGCCAUGGGUUUCGAUGACGGUGCAGUUGUUGUCAAGAUGGGCAGAGAAGAGCCAGCCGUCUCCAUGGAUGGGUCAGGAAAGGUUGUCUGGGCAAGACAUAACGAAGUGGUGUCGACUGUGAUCAAGGGCGGUGACUCGAGCGUCAAAGAUGGCACACCCCUGACUCUCCCAACCAAGGACCUGGGAUCGUGUGAGGUUUACCCUCAAACUCUAUCGCACUCACCGAACGGGCGUUUCGUUUCAGUCUGUGGUGAUGGAGAAUACAUCAUUUACACUGCGCUAGCCUGGAGAAACAAGGCCUUCGGUCAGGCACUUGAUUUUGCUUGGGGGUCGAAGGACAACAGCAAUGACUACGCCAUCCGCGAGUCGCCUACUAGUGUCAAGAUCUUCAAGAACUUCAAAGAAGUCAGCGGUGGCCUGGAUGUAGGAUUCCAAGCCGAAGGUCUGACGGACGGUGUUCUGCUUGGUGUGAAGGGCCAAGGAGGAAUCGGCAUGUUCGAUUGGGAGACUGGAAACUUGGUCCGACGCAUUGAAGUCGAGCCCAAGGCUGUCUACUGGUCUGAAUCGGGAGAGCUGGUCACCCUUGCUUGCGAGGAUUCUUUCUACGUUCUCCGGUUCUCGCGGGAGAAUUAUGUCAACGGAAUGAAUGAUGGCGAAGCCGAUGAGGAUGGCGUUGAGUCUGCUUUUGAAGUCGUUACCGACGUCAACGAGUCUGUCCGAACAGGUGAAUGGGUCGGAGACUGCUUUAUUUACACAAACUCGACAAACCGCUUAAAUUACCUCGUUGGCGACCAAACCUAUACAAUCUCUCACUUCGACCAGGCCAUGUAUGUCGUGGGCUACCUGCCACGGGAUGGCAGAAUCUACCUGGCUGACAAGGAUGUCAACGUUGUUUCGUUUGGUCUUUCUCUCAGCAUGGUCGAGUACCAGACAGUGGUACUGCGCGGAGAUAUGGACCUGGCUGCCGAAUUGCUCAAGGAUGUGCCACAAGAUCAGAUGAACAAGGUCGCCCGAUUCCUCGAAGGCCAAGGGUACAAGGAAAUGGCGUUGGAGGUUGCCACAGACCAGGAGCACCGCUUCGAGCUCUCUCUUUCUCUCAAUGAUCUCGAGACUGCCCUUGAAAUUGCCCGCGAGGCCAAUGUUGAGCACAAGUGGAAGAUCGUCGGUGAUGCCGCCAUGUCUGCAUGGAACCUGGCUCUGGCCCAGGAAUGCUUCACCAACGCCAAGGAUGUUGGUUCCCUUCUCCUCUUGCACACCGCCAGCGGCAGCAAGGACGGCCUUCGAGCCCUGGCCGACCAAGCCUCAGAAGCCGGCCUUCACAACGUCGCAUUCUCCACCCUGUGGUCUGUUGGCGAUGUCGACGGCUGCAUUGCCCUUCUCGUCCAGACUGGCCGUACUGCGGAAGCCGUUCUCUUCGCCCAGACUUACAAGCCCUCGCGGGCUCCCCAGCUCGUGACACAAUGGAAACAGUCCCUGGAGCAGUCUGGAAAGACAAAGGUUGCUCGUCUGGUUGGUGUGCCCCCGGGUGCCCCCGACACCGCGACAGACGAUGACCUGUUCCCCGAAUGGGACGAGUACCUCCGCCUUGAGAAAGAAGGUGGUGUCCCUGAACCGCCAUCCUCGGAAUCUCUCAUCGACGUCAACGCCGACGAAGAGGGAGAAAAGGCCGAGAGCGCAGAGAAUGGCGCACCCGAGGUGGAGGCGGAAGCAUGA